CCCUCCCCCUCUCCCCUCCCAAACCAGCGGCGCUUCCGUCCAUGGCCCGGCUCCAGGUGACGGGCGUGAAUGUCAGCUGGACCGGGCUUCUCCUCCUGGCCCACUUCCUGUACCUGCUGCUCGGCGCCACCAUCUUCCAGAUGCUGGAGCGCGAGGCCGAGAGCAACAACCGCAACCACUUCCAGCUGGAGAAGCUGCACUUCCUCAUGAACUACAGCUGCCUGGACGGAGCAGCCCUGGAGAAGUUUGUGCAGGUGAUCCUGGAUGCCUGGGAGAAGGGCGUGAAUCCUUCCGGAAACUCCACCAACCCCAGCAACUGGGACUUCAGCAGCUCUUUCUUCUUCGCUGGGACCGUCGUUACGACCAUAGGUUACGGGAACCUGUCCCCCAGCACCACCUCAGGACAGGUCUUCUGCGUGUUCUACGCCCUCUGUGGCAUUCCGCUCAACCUGGCCUUCCUCAACCAGCUGGGGAAGUGCCUCACUCUGCACCUGGGACGCCUGGAGAGGGGCGUGGUCUCCGUCGGGAAGCACAAGCAAUCGAUGGAGGUCCUGGCCGUGGGCUGCUUCCUGCUCAUGGGCAGCAUUCUCUUCCUGGUCAUCCCCCCGCUGGUGUUCAGCUACGUGGAGGGCUGGUCGUACGGGGAGGGCUUCUACUUCGCCUUCAUAACGCUCAGCACCAUCGGGUUCGGGGACUACGUCGUGGGAACCGACCCGCACAAGCAGUACAUCUCCGUGUACCGCAGCCUGGCCGGCGUCUGGAUCGUUUUCGGCUUGGCCUGGCUCGCCCUCAUCUUCAACAUCGGCGCCAGGGUGAUGGAGCACGUCUUCCAGCUCAGGCACUCCGCCCCCCAGGCCCCGGACAAGGACGAGGAACGCCAAAAACCGGAGGAGGGGGCGGGGCAGAGAGCCAUUCAGCAGGGGGUGUGA